CUGCGCUGUGCCCUUGUUAUUCUCCUUGAAUUUGAGCUUAGCGGAAUGUUGAGUUGAAUUUUGGAAUUUUAAAAAUAAUUUUAUUAAUUAUAUGUGCUGUUAAUUUAGUGACAUUCAAGACAUUUCCAAAAUUUUAGUGAAUACUUUCAACUUAAAGCAUUACCAAAAAUGACGACCUACUUCAACUAUCCACCUCCAGCCGUUCAAAAGGAAUUGAAAUGUAUCGCCGAAUUAAUCGUCGCCUCUGGAAAAGGUAUUUUAGCAGCUGAUGAAUCGGUUUCUACCAUGGGAAAACGUCUCCAGGAAAUUGGCGUUGAAAACACCGAAGAACUUAGGAGGCAGUACAGGCAGCUGUUGUUCUCAACGGAUCCCGAAAUGAAUCAAAGUAUUUCCGGUGUAAUUUUGUUUCACGAAACGUUGUACCAAAGAGACGAUGACGGAAAAUUGUUCUCCGACUUGUUGAAAGAACGUUGUAUCAUUCCUGGAAUUAAAGUCGAUUGCGGUGUUGUCAAUUUAUUCGGAUCUGAAGAAGAAGUUACCACUCAAGGAUUGGAUAAUUUGGGAAGUCGUUGUGCUCAAUACAAAAAGGAUGGUUGUGAAUUUGCUAAAUGGCGAUGCGUGUUGAAAAUCGGAAAGAAUACUCCAUCAUAUCAAGCAAUUUUGGAAAACGCCAAUGUAUUGGCUCGUUAUGCUUCCAUCUGCCAAUCUCAGCGUAUUGUUCCGAUCGUAGAACCCGAAAUUAUUCCUGACGGUGAUCAUGAUAUCGACAGAUGCCAAAAAGUCACCGAAACCGUUCUCGCUGCUGUGUAUAAAGCUUUAAACGAUCAUCAUGUUUAUUUGGAAGGCACCUUAUUGAAACCGAACAUGGUUACUCCUGGUCAGUCGUGCCCUAAACGUGCUACUCCCGAAGAAAUCGCCAAAGCUACUGUUACUGCUUUACAAAGAACCGUACCUCCCGCAGUUCCAGGCAUUUGCUUCUUAUCCGGUGGUCAGACAGAGGAAGAAGCUACUAUCAAUUUGAACGCCAUUAAUGCUUACGAAGGCAAAAAACCAUGGAAAUUGACUUUCAGUUAUGGCCGUGCUUUACAAGCGUCAGUUCUCCGUGCAUGGAACGGAAAGAAAGAAAACGUUGAAGCUGCUCAACAAGAAUUAAUGAAACGUGCCAAGGCUAACGGUCAAGCAGCAACUGGACAAUACGUUGCUGGAUCUGUCGCCGGUACCGCUGCCGGACAAAACUUAUUCGUUAAAGAUCACGUUUACUAAGGAUCGAAACACUUCGCAAAAGGGGCAAGAACUUAAUUAUGUGCUUUUUUCAAUGAUUCUAUUCAAGCACACUGGAUGUCUAGAACAUUUUUUUUUUGCUUAAAAUUUUUCGUGAAACGCUUUCAGCAUACGCUAUAUUAUAAAAUUUUGUAGUUACCGAUUUGUUAAAGUAUAUAUGAACGCUUUAUUUGAAAUAAUUUGUCAUCUAACUGCCAAUUUGAAAAAGAUGUAUAUUUAUUUUUCUAGUUCACCAUCGAGAAUUGUUUUGAAUAAGUCAUCAAGUUGGCAGUAUAAUUUUGAAAUUUGUGAGAAAAAUGAAUAAAUAAUUUUGUUAUUUAAGUUAUACUGUAUAUUUAUUUUUCAAUAUACGAUUUUAAUCAUCA